CACCUUGUUAAUCUCGGUAAGGAAUUCCUGUAUUAUAACCGGUGAAUUCAGUGCGGAAUUGAGUUUUGGGGGAUUUUGCUUUGUUUAAAACCCGUACUGAAGCUGAUUCCCAACAAGAAUAAACAGCAGUAAAGGACUAUUUCAAACUAUGGCACCAAUUGUCAGAAUUGCUCUGGUUCUGGUAUUAACUUUUCAGGCUGUUCAGUGUACAUAUAGAAAUGAUCCAUCAUUCUCAAGCCGGCAACAUGAAUGGUCAAAACUUAUUCUCACUCAUCACUGGCCAGUAACUGUAUGCAAGAUGGAUGGGGUGCAUUGUGAAAAUCCCCCAAAUUAUUGGACUGUACAUGGACUUUGGCCUGAAAAAUCACAGAUGUGCAAUAACUCUUGGCACUUUGAUCCCUCACAGAUUCAGGAAAUUAUGACAGAGAUGAACAAGUGCUGGCCUGAUGUCCUUCACCCAAAUCGAACACAACUGUGGAAACAUGAAUGGCAGAAACAUGGAACAUGUGCAGCAUCUCUGGAGUGUCUAAAUACCCAACUAAAAUACUUUAGUAAAGCUUUGGAAAUGUACAAAAAUGUGGAUCUUAACAGUGCCCUGGAAAAGGCAGGCAUUAAACCUUCAAAGUCAUAUUACAAGAUGUCAGACAUUAAGAAUGCCAUGCUCAAUAUCUAUGGAGUGAUGCCAAAAUUUCAGUGUGUUCCUCCGCAGCAGGGAGAAAAUGCACAAACACUUGGGCAGAUAGAAAUAUGUUUCACUAAAGAAAUUAAGGCAAGGAACUGUACGCAUAAUCUUGACGAGCCUGAAAUCAAGUGGGAUUCAUACAAUGAGGAGUUACAAGUCUGUGAUGAUAAUUUAUGCACAUAUUAUCCUCCUGUAAAUGAACUGUAAAGCUGCAAUAUACUACAACCAGUAGUAAAAAAAGAUUGUGGAAACUGUUAUCAACUGCAACUGAGAAAACAAUAUGCUUAAAGGGACACUGAGCCUAAAUUGUUUCUUUCGCGAUUCAGAUAGAGAUUGCAAUUUUAAGCAACUUUCUAGUUUACUCCUAUUAUCAAAUUUUCUUCAUUCUCUUGGUAUGUUUAUUUGAAAAGUAAGAAUGUAAGUUUAGAUGCCGGCCCAUUUUUGGUGAACAACCUGGGUUGUCCUUGCUGAUUGGACAGCACCAAUAAACAAGUGCUGACCAUGGUUCUGAACCAAAAAAUGCUGUUUCCUUAGCUUAGAUGCCUUCUUUUUCAAAUAAAGAUAGCAAGAGAAUGAAGAAAAAUUGAUAAUAGGAGUAAAUUAGAAAGUUGCUUAAAAUUGCAUGCUUUAUCUGAAUCAUGAAAGAAAAAAAUUUGGUUCAGUGUCCCUUUAAAGGGACACUCAGGUCAAAGUUAAACUUCAAUUAUUCAGAUAGAGCAUGCACUUUUAAACAACUUUCUAAUUUACUUCCAUUAACAAAAUGAGCAGUCUUUUUAUAUUUACACUUUUUGAGUGCAUGUGCAAGAAUUCACAGACUAUAAGUAUAUGCAUUUGUGAUUGGUUGAUGGCUAUCACAUGAUAUAGGAGGAGUGGACAUAACUUUGAAAAUGUUAUCAUUCAUUCACUGAUUAUGCAAAUCUAUUGUGUUUACUGGUUCUUUAAGAUUUUUAGGUCUGGGGAAAAAAAAAAGAUAGCUGACAAUAAAUCAUGCAACUCUGUCACAAGUUUUUGAUAAGCUGACCAUUAGUUUCGUAAUAAAAAGGAAGAUAAGAUGACAAUAAACUUCUAAUAUUUUUAGAGACAAGAAAGCAGUGAACAUUCAUAUUUUAAAUAUCACCUUUUUACUUUCUACUUUAUCGAUACAAUUCCAAAAAUUUAAAGGGACAGUCUACUCCAAAAAUGUUAUUGUUUUAAAAUAUAGAUAAUCCCUUUAUUACCCCUUUUCCCCAGUUUUGCAUAAUUAACACAGUUAUAUUAAUACACUUUUAACCUCUGUGAUGACCUUGUAUCUAAGCCAGUGCAGACUUUCCCCCCUUAUCUCAGAGUUAUUUUCGGACUUGUAUUUUAGACAAUCAGUGUUGACUCAUGAAUAACUCCACGGGAGUGACAACAAUGAUAUCUAUAUGGCACUCAUGAACUAGCGCUGUCUAGCUGUGCAAAGCUAUUAAAAAUGCACAAGAUAAGAGGUGGCCUGUAGAGGCUUAGAAACAGGCAAACAAUUAAGAUUUUUAAAGGUUAUAAAGUAUAUUAAUAUAACAAUGUUGGUUAUGCAAAACUGGGGUAUGGGUUGUUAAGGUGUUAUCUAUCUUUUUAAACAAUAACACAUUUUGGUGUAAACUGUCCCUUUAAACUUUACAAUUCUAUAAACUUACAUUGACUACCUGACAGAGCUCCCACCAUAUGUAAAAUAAAAUUUGGUUUGGUGCUUGCUUUGGCAGAACUUAGUAAAACUGGAAAUAUACAGAGAUAAUUAGUAGAAUCUCUGCAAAGGACAAUCUUUGUAUUAAAGUGAAUGUCAAUUUUGAUGCUAAAGUGCCCGGUUUUUAAAAAUUUGAUUAAAAACAGGGGC